CUAUGUUGGGCUGACAGCCUUAUUUGCUCCUCUAUAUUGAUUCAACUCUACCAAAAUGUCUAUCAUGCUUAUUUUGACUUAUGCAGAUAGAUUGAGGUAUUGAUUCUGUGAUAUGCGAGGUCUAUUAUACUUUUAUACGGACUUCAAUCGACGACGAAUGCGUGACGAUCCUCAGUAGUCAUGGCUUCAGGCGGCGAGUCUACCGGGGCGAAGAGCAGAAAGUAUUUUGACGAUCGUCAGGUUUCUGAAGAGCAAGGCAAAGAAUACGGCCCGUCUGAGUUUGGCAAUUUUCAGCAAUAUUAUCGAAACAAGAAAAUAAAAUUGCAAAACCACGAUGAGAUCUUGAAAAAUUCUGGGCCUUCGGAUGAAUCUCAAAAGGACCACCCUCAGAUAUUCAAGGGGUGCUGUAUCUAUGUUAACGGAUAUACAAACCCAAGCAUCACAGAGUUACAUAGGAUCAUUGUUCUACAUGGUGGAAAGUUUAGUCAAUAUCUUGACUCCAAAACCGAAGUAACGCACAUCAUAGCCUCGUCUUUGACACCCAAAAAACUAGUAGAGCUCAGGACGUCUCGAGUUGUCAGUCCCGCUUGGAUUGUUGACAGUGUCAAUCAAGGCAGGCUGUUACCUUGGCAUGAUUUUCGAAUCGGAAUACCUCGUACAAGUCAGAAAUUUCUGGAGACCAGGAAAUGCGACUCUGCCACUACAGUUCCUCCCAGCGAAAGGGCACCCUUGGUCACUGAUUCGCGGCAAUCUGCGAAAACUGCAGCUGAUCCAGGAUUUUUGGAGAAUUACUACAGUCGUUCUCGUUUACACCAUCUUAGCUCAUGGAAGGCUGAACUGCGCAGCAAAUAUCAAACUCUGAUACUCAAUCAUGAGCAACAAGAAUCUCGGACGGAUAGCAAAAGUAGCAUAUCUCCCAGCGAGAGAGACGAGCCAACGCAAAGAGUCAUAUUUCACGUUGACUUUGACUGUUUUUUUGCAUCGGUCGCGUUGAGGUCUAAUCCGGAACUUCAGGGCAUGCCCGUGUGUGUUGGAAAUGGAGGGUCGCAAAAUGCCGAGAUAGCUAGCUGCAACUAUAUUGCCCGAAAACAAGGUGUCAAGAACGGAAUGUGGAUGCAGCAAGCAAAGCGCUUGUGCCCCGAUAUCGUGUGUAUGCCUUACCAGUUCGAGGAAUAUGAGGUUGCUUCCAAUCAUUUGUAUUCUGUCCUGUUGGAAAGCGGCGCCGAUAAGAUUGAAGCCGUAUCGAUUGAUGAAGCACUUCUCGACAUGACAACUGCCUGUACAUCUGAGGGAGCCACGGAUAUAGCCGAUCGAGCUUUGUUAUUGAGCCAGGGUAUCAGAAAUCGCGUUUACGAAUUAUCCAAGUGCACAGUUAGCAUCGGUGUUGGAACAAAUAUCCUUCAGGCUAAAAUUGCUACCAAAUUGGCAAAGCCUAACGGACAGUACUUCAUUAAUGAGACUGAGGCUCUCGAAGUUAUCAGCAAAUUGAGAAUAUCUGAACUUCCAGGACUUGGCCCAUCUAUGGAGUCGGCCAUUCAGAGAAAAAGCCCUUCUAUAAGAACAGUGAGUGACGCUAGAUCUCUGGGCAAGGCCAGACUCCAACAACUUUUGGGGGAGAAAAAUGGCGAGAAGCUUCUGAACUACUCGCGAGGUAUCGACGAUCGGGUUGUUGGAAGCAUUUCUGAGCGAAAGAGUGUCAGUGUGGAAGUCAAUUGGGGAGUUAGAUUCUCAUCUAUCAAACAGGUUGAGGAAUUCAUCAAGUCUCUCAGUCAGGAGUUGUAUCGGCGCCUGGUGAAAUUGGGAUCAAGAGGGGAAGCCCUUACAUUAAAGAUUCAAGUCCGUGCUCCAAACGCUCCUGUUGAUCCACCAAAGUUUCUUGGCUGCGGGGAGUGUAUUUCAAUUAGCCGGAGUACGUCUUUAUCGGGUGCAUCAAUUGACAUAGAUAAGAUUGUCCAUGCCGCUCUACCACUUCUCAGGAAGAUGACUAUGGUCGUCAGUGAUAUAAGAGGUAUGGGUCUUCAAAUUACAAAGCUAGCACCCUUCAACGACGAUCGGAAAAGUACCCCCAAGGAGCAGAUGUCUUUGGAUAUAUUUGCUGGACAGGAAGAUUCUUCCAAGCGGAAUUCAUUGGUGUCUAGGGAUAUGAAAUUUGAAAAUGGGUUUGAUUUGGAAUACGAAGAUAUCGACAAUGACGAACUUCUGUCGCGUCCGGAUGCUGCUAAUGAAUCUGAUACGGAUGCUCCCGAUCCCGACAUCGUUGUAGCUACUGAUAGCAAUGAUGAUACUGUUUAUUUGAAGAUGCUUCUUGAAGCCUGGCUGAACGAUACCGCAGGAUAUCAGUAUGGGCCUCAUGACGAUGAUGUCAAGGUUUUCCAGGACUACUUGAGUUACCUCGUUUUACAAAAGAAAAACGUAUGCAAAGCGCACGAUUUGAUUGAUUGGCUGCGAUUUUGUCUUGGUUCAAGGAUGCAGAACGAUGAAAUGAUGGACAAAGCUUAUUAUGUCGAAGAGAGUCUAUACAGAUGGCUAGAUGUUGUCUGCUCUUAUGAGAAAGAUAUAUUCGCCAUGACUGGCUUUCGUUGAAUCUGGUGUGGAAUUGAUAGCAGUAUUAGAAACAAUAUAGCAAUCAUUUACUACGAGGUAUUUCCUUGGCAAUCAAGUCAAACGGCAAUGUUCGCCCAAAACUUCAUAAAACUAGCCACUUUAAUAGACUUGAACCCCAAUUGUCACAAUAUAUUUCAUUGGCUAACUCAACAGGCAGUUUCCUGCACUGAUCCUCCGAGAGCUGUAUAUUUUCUGUAUCUUCUCUUGCAGACUAUGGUACGGAACUCUACUGGA